CUCCACAUCUGCGCCUGCCGGGCGACAGCUUCAUGGCCAGAUGCCCACCGCAAGCAGACUUUGAGCAAUAUUCUCGUUGAUUCUGCAAAUCUCGGGCCAGUUCUUUCUCUCGGUGCCAACACUGCCGCCUGGGUUGUGCUGCCACGAUUGAGUGCGAGGGGGAUAUUCCCGCCCGUGCAAGCAUCCAGCUGCUCUGAAACGACGAACACGCGGUGGAAAACUUUUCCAUUUCCACAUGGCCAUUGUCCGAAAACCCUCAUGUUUGUACUUCCCACCCUGGAUCCAUUUAACUCAGGUUUCAGUCAGCGAUGACAGCUCUACCGCCGUGCAAUUCCGCUCCACAGCGCAUGGGUGUCCUCGGGACAGUCCCACUUCACAACCACCCUAAGUGCCUAACAAUAGGUUCACAUCUCAUGACAACGAGUGCCACCCCCCUGGAAAUGGGCCUUCGCUACAGAUGCGAUAUUGUUUCCCUUCGGUGCUAAGCAAAUAAGCGAGAAUGCUUGAUACCUCAUUUUGUUUUUUUAUUUUCUUCGGGCCAAGGACUGUCGGUGAAACAUGACAAGAGCGCAGAAGUAUAAAGGAACAAGACGCUGCACGCUGACGGAAAGAAAGGAGAAAAGAGUACCAUUACCAGCUGGCACCUGACCACAAGUCGUUCAUUUGCUAACCUUCUUCUCCUGUUCGUCUAUCCCAAGAUUUGAGCAGUGCUCAGUUUCGUUCUUUUACUCUGUGCAGCAUGCGUUAUACAACGGCCUUUAUGCUCGGCGUCGGUGUCGCCGCAGCCGCAUCUUGCAAGUCCAAGACCACUGCGCAGGCUGAGUGGCAACAAUGCGGCGGCAUGAACUGGACGGGCGGCACGACGUGCGCCGCAGGCCUGACUUGCGUCGUCCAGAACCCAUACUACUCUCAGUGUCUCGCAACUUCUGGCGUCAUCGCUAGCAGUGCUGUAACGUCGACACCGACCGCCAACGCUGUCUCGGCCUCUUCCCCUGCUGCGGUCGCUUCGUCUGCAGCUUCGUCUGUGGCACCUGCAGCUUCGUCCCCAGCUAAGGCAGCCUCCUCCUCUUCCGCCGCGGCAGCCUCGCCUCAGGCCAGCUCGAGCUCCUCUUCGAGCUCAGGAACCGGCCCGAUCUACAAGGCAUCGUUCACACACUACGGUGCCGGCGACUCUUUCGGCUCUCCCAACUGCAACACCAACACGGCCGCUUGCGGUUUCUUCACCCAGCCUGGCUUCAGCGCUGCCGUGAGUCAGAACCUCUACGGCGUCGGCCCUGGUGCGGGCGCAGGUCCGGAGUGCGGCACUUGCUGGAAGCUUGUUGGUGAGACCGACUCUUCCGGCAACCCCCUGACCAACGCUGGCACGUCCAUCGUCGUGAUGGUCAACAAUCUCUGCCCCGCCCAGGGCAACCCGCUUUGCUCCCAGCCAACCUUGCAGGAUACCAACCAGUAUGGAGCCAACGUCAACUUCGACCUUUGCUCGGACUCCGGCGCUCAAGCUGCCUUCUUCGGUAACGACGGCGUCGGCCUUGCUGUCGGCACCGCUCAGCAAGUCGACUGCAGCGAAUGGACUGGUACCGUGGUACACUAAGUGCCCAAUUGCAAAAAAGAAAAAUGGGGGGAGGAGGGAGAGAGCCAAUGUAUCAAUAAACCAUGUGGCAAAACUUUUGAUUCCUUGUACAUACUCUUAUCCUCGCGCUGGCAAGAUCUAGCGGCAGUUCCAAUAUCAUGCUUUGGCAUAUAUAGA